UGGUCAUGUCUAUGGUCAUGCAGAACUGAAACUCGUCAAACUCUUAUCAUGAAGAAGAAGAAAGCGGGUCGCAGUCUGUCCAGAAAAGUUUUGUUUGCAAAAACUAUAAACCCACAAGGAUGGGCGAAACCAGUGUAGACGGAGACAAAACCACAGAGUCUCCGGUUGGGAACACCGUCACUAAGAGUGCGGGAAACUCGUUCUUCAGCUGGCUGUUGGUUCUGGCUCUUCUCGGCGCUUGGCUCUCUGUGGGAAUCGUGUGGUUCGACCUCGCCGACUACAACAGUGUGGUUGGUGCGCUUGGAAGAGUUUACGAUGCUGACGGCGAUGGAGACUUCGAUGUAGAAGAUGCCAAAGUUCUGUUGGGUCUGACCGAGAAGCCGGGUCCGCUGGCAUCAAGCAGGAACGCCUUAGAAGAACAAGAGUUAAAUGCAGAAUUUCUGCCUGGUGAAAACAAAGACUCUCCACAUAAGUCUACACCUAAUGCGGAUCCUUCACUAGAAUUGAGCGGGUCCUUAACUCCUGAGUCUCCGACUGAGGCGGCAGGAUUAGCAGAACCGGCGCCGGAGUCCAGCGCGGGAAAAGAAGCCAUAAAGAAGAAACCAAAACUUCUUAACAAAUUUGACAAAACGAUCAAAUCCGAGAUCAACGCUGCAGAGAAAUUACGCAAGAAGGGCAAAGUUGAGGAAUCUCUCCGAGCUUUUGAAGCUCUUGUCCAGAAAUACCCUCAUAGUCCGAGGUCCCGAUACGGCAAAGCCCAGGCCGAGGAUGACACCGCAGAGAAGAAGCGCAGUAACGAGCUGCUCCUGACGGCUGUGAACACGUACAGAGAAGCGGCGGAUCUCCCAGACGCUCCUCCUGAUCUGGUCAAAGCGUCGCUGAAGAGACGAGCCGACCGACAGCAGUUCUUAGGUCGUACAAGAGGAUCUUUAGCGACUUUGGAGAAGCUAGUUCAGAUCUUCCCAGAAGACAUCAGCUUAAAGAACGACUUGGGCGUGGCACAUCUGCUCCUGGGGGACAACAAGAGUGCCAAGCGCAUAUACGAGGAGGUUUUGGCUGCCGCUCCACAUGACGGGUUCGCCAAAGUGCAUUAUGGGUUCAUCCUGAAAUCUGAAAACAAGAUUGCAGAGAGCAUACCGUACUUGAGGGAGGGUUUAGAGUCCGGAGAGCCAGGAACUGAUGACGGGAGGUUUUACUUUCAUCUCGGAGACGCUCUACAGAGAACCGGAGACGAGAGUGCGUAUGAGUGGUACGAGACGGGGCACCGGCGGGGUCACUUCGCCUCAGUGUGGCAGAGGUCGCUCUAUAACGUCCCGGGACUCAGAGCGCAGCCCUGGUGGACGCCGGAAGACACCGGAUACACGGAUCUCGUCAAGGUGUUGGAACGAAACUGGCUGACCAUUCGAGACGAAGCGCUGUCGGUGUUGGACGGAAACAGCGGACAGUUUCUGCCAGAAGAUGAAAAUCUGAGAGAGAAAGGAGACUGGGGACAGUUUACACUCUGGCAGCAGGGUCGAAAGACUGCUUCGGCAUGUCGCAGUGUCCCUAAAACCUGUGCUUUACUGGAACGUUACCCAGAAGCCACUGGCUGCAAAAGAGGCCAGAUCAAGUUUUCAGUGAUGCAACCUGGUACUCAUGUGUGGCCACACACUGGACCCACCAACUGUCGUCUGCGAAUGCAUCUCGGCCUCAUCAUUCCUCCUUCGGGCUGCAGGAUCCGCUGUACAAACCAGACCAGGGAGUGGGAAGAAGGAAAAGUAUUAAUAUUUGACGACUCGUUCGAGCAUGAAGUCUGGCAGGAGGCAGAUAGAUUCAGACUCAUCUUCAUCGUGGACGUUUGGCACCCCGAGCUCAGCCAAUCACAGAGGCAGACUCUCUCACCCAUAUAGAGGAUAACAGCCAAUCACAGAGCUCGAAGAGCAGGCCAACAGCCAAUCACAGAGGCAGGCUCUCUCACCCAUAGAAGACAACAGCCAAUCACAGAGCUCAGAAUAGGUCAACAGCCAAUCAGAGCGCUCUCUGCAGUUUUCAUAAACCACUUGUGCAUAAUAUGAGAACAUCAUCACCUAAUAUUCAAGAUCUUAAUUUUGUAAAGCAAAUAUGGUUUGAAAUCAUGUUUAACAGUAAUAUCAGACCGAUUUCUAGAUGACGUUAGACCGACGGGUUAUGGGAGAGUUAAGACAUCAGACUAUGAGGAAGUUGCAUUGAGACUUAAGUCACUUUUAGAUAUGAUUGAGCAUUGCACUGUAUGUUGCGGGUUAUAGUUUGUGUGUGUGUGUGCGUAUGAAUACAUAAAGGAUCAGGUGUGUUCAUUAAGAGAUAGAAACAUCAUCACUUCGUGCCUUCUUCCAGCCAAUGAACGAGUCAAAAGAAGUGAAUACGACUGCAUUUAUUUUUGAUUUUUCUGUACAUGUUUUCAUCAGAGCUCGUGUUUUAUUAACACUACAGAUUUGUAUAUGUACAUGUUUGUUUACGUGCCAAAUGUUGGUUGAUUGUGAAUUAUUAAAUUGUGAAACAUCUGAAAAAACA